UGAGUAUGUUCGUUUCUGAAAAAAAUUAUAGAUAAUAAAAGUCAUUAGACAACAACCACAUCCCCUACACAUUACAGAGAUUUGGAUUCCCAGUCAGUCACUUCUUUAAGUUCUCUCUCAUCCAUGGCCAAUUACUACUCUCUAUGUCUUGUAGGAGCCAUGGAUCGUCUUUGGUUUCACCAAAUUAUUCUUUUCUCAGAAACAAUCUCAGACCAAAAAACCCCUGAAACUUCUAAGCCCAACUCUGUGUCUCUUGCAUAUUCAUCUCUUCUAGAUGAGGGAGUUUCAUCAGACAUAUCACUUCUUGCAGAUGUAGAAAUCUUGUCAGACUCAUCUCCAAGCUCUCCAACGGAUGAUUCCAACAAUGAAGACACAGAGAAAAAUACCAGCCAGAAGGAAAAACCAACAAGAUUGAAUCGGUCACAUUCAUCAUCACCAUCACCAUCAACUCAAAAACGUCCUAAACGUCUUAGGAAUUCGGGCGCAAAUGCAAUAAGGAGAUUACAAAAAUCCAUGAGUUGCAAGACCUUGGGGGAUCUAGAACUUGAAGAAGUAAAGGGGUUCAUGGAUCUUGGUUUCAUAUUCAAGAAAGAACACUUAAGCCCACGAAUGAUGAGUGUAGUCCCAGGCUUGCAAAGACUUUCACACAAAAAUAAACAAAGCAGCAAACUCACUAAUGAUGCUGAAGUAGCUAAAGAUGAUGAAACUGAAGAAGGGAAAGAGAAGAGAGUUACAAGGCCAUAUUUAUCCGAAGCAUGGCUCAUAAACAGACCCGACUCUCCACUUCUAAAUUUAAAGAUUCCAAGUGCCUCUACAGCUGAUGAUAUGAAGAAACAUAUCAAGUUCUGGGCUAGAACUGUUGCAUCAGUAAUUCAUGAGCAGGAAUCUUAGUUCAAAGUUGUUCAAUCCCACAAACAUCAUCGAAGUAUAGUAGAGGGAGCAAGCACCAAAAAUUGAGAGCAGAUUGCAUUUCACCGACAGCUGCAACUGUAAAAAUAGUUUUUUUUUUUUUUUUUUAAUGAUAUGUGUGUAUGUAUAAGAGGUGUAAAAAUAUAUCAUACCUUUCUCACAGUUUUAUCUCGGAAAAAUCUUGUGACGCACUCAAUAUUAAUAUACACUUUGUACACAUCAUAUUAAGAAUUGCGUGCAUAAUUUUCAUUA